AUGGGCAAUACCACCAGCAUCGCCGCUGGGCGUGACUGUCUGUUAUCCGCCGUUGGAGGUCAUGCCGCUCAUGUCGCGUUCCAAGAUCACCUUCUUUACCAGGCUACAGCAGUCGAGACGUAUAAUCUGAAUAUUCCUGUUACCCCGGCAGCAAUUACGUACCCUCAAUCAGCGGACGAAAUAGCUGCUGUGGUUAAGUGUGCCUCGGACUACGACUACAAAGUGCAGGCUCGCAGUGGAGGCCAUAGUUUUGGCAAUUAUGGUAUGGCUCUGAUAAAAGUGGUAGAUGAGCCGGCUGGCAUCCAGAUGACUGACUCGGACUUGGUUCUAGGCCUUGGAGGAGAAAAUGGUGCUAUCGUGGUCGAUAUGAAGCACUUCUCGCAAUUCUCCAUGGACGAGUCGACCUUUAUCGCUACCAUCGGUCCCGGAACAACCCUAGGCAACCUUGAUCUCAAGCUUUAUAAUGCGGGCAACAGAGCAAUGUCGCAUGGUAUUUGUCCGACCAUUCGUACCGGCGGCCAUCUGACGAUGGGCGGAUUGGGCCCCACAGCCCGUCAAUGGGGUCUAGCACUUGACCAUGUUGAGGAAGUCGAGGUGGUGUUAGCGAACUCGAGCAUUGUGCGGGCGUCGGACACUCAGAACCAGGAUGUUUUCUUUGCUAUCAAAGGUGCUGCUGCUAGCUUUGGCAUCGUCACGGAGUUCAAAGUGCGUACGGAGGAGGCCCCUGGCCUGGCUGUUCAAUACUCGUUUCAGUUUAAUCUGGGAACUCCUGCCGAGAAGGCGAAGCUUGUCAAAGAUUGGCAGGCGUUCAUAGCCCAGGAGAACCUCACAUGGAAGUUUUACUCGAACCUGGUUAUCUUCGACGGCCAGAUCAUCCUCGAGGGUAUUUUCUUCGGCUCGAAGAAGGAGUACGACGCACUUGACUUGGAGAAAAAAUUCCCCGCAAGCGAACCCGGAACUGUGCUAGUCCUGACAGAUUGGCUAGGAAUGAUCGGCCAUGGACUAGAAGAUACUAUUUUAAAACUGGUUGGAGAUUCCCCGACCUGGUUUUAUGCAAAGUCACUCGGAUUCACCCCCCGCACGCUUAUUCCUGACAUUGCUAUUGACGACUUCUUCGAUUACAUUCACAAAACCAACGCUGACACUUUGGCCUGGUUUGUCACGCUCAGUCUGGAGGGUGGAGCUAUCAACGCCGUUCCUGCGGAUGCCACAGCCUAUGGACACCGCGACGUGCUUUUCUGGUUCCAAGUUUUCGUAGCCAACCCACUUGGCCCCAUCUCGCAGGCCACAUAUAACUUUACCAACGGUCUUUAUGAUGUUCUGGCACAGGCAGUGCCAGAGAGUGCGGAGCAUGCAUAUCUUGGAUGCCCAGAUCCUAAGAUGCCCGGUGCCCAGCACGCAUACUGGCGUAAUAACCUCCCAAGAUUGGAAGAGCUUAAGGCGGAUUUAGAUCCAAAGGACGUUUUCCAUAAUCCGCAAGGCGUUCAAGUUGCCUCAUAA